AGCUGGAAGAGGAAUGGAUGUAACAUGAUAUCCUUGGAGUGCGCAAAACACGCAAAUUCUGCAAAGAUUUGCUUUUCCGGUUGAGUAACAUAACGAAAAUGGAUGAAUCAGCUCUGCUGGAUCUGUUGGAGUGUCCCGUUUGCUUAGAACGCCUUGAUGCUUCUGCAAAAGUCCUGCCUUGCCAGCACACGUUUUGUAAGCGCUGUCUGCUGGGCAUCGUGAGCUCUCGAAAUGAGCUUCGGUGCCCAGAGUGCAGGACUUUGGUGGACUGCGGUGUUGAUGAACUCCCCAGUAAUAUUUUGCUUGUCAGACUACUGGAUGGCAUCAAACAGAGGCCUCGGAAACCUGGCACUGGUGCUGGGACUGGCAGCACAACUGCGUUAAGGGUCCCGGUCAACACGGCUGCAAACUGCGGAUCGAAGGACCCUCAGAGCUCUCAAGCUGGACAGCAGCAAAGAGUGCAGGCGCGGAGCCCUCCCGUUAGGGAACGGUUAAUGCGGAGCUGCAGCCCCGUUGCUGGCGUCCCCCGCGCUGCGCUCAACGCGCCGGCGCCGAGCGGCCUGGAGCCCUCCGGAGCGACGGAGCCGGGCCGGGGAGUCGCUCACGGACCCCCCUGCGCUGACCCUCUUCCUCGCCGCAAUCCUGAUGAUCCCGCGCCACUGGAAUAA